AUGGCGGCGGACAAGAGAAAGAAACUCGACGCUUGCUCUGCGCCGCGCCCGCGCAAGAAGACCCGACAGUCUACACAGGCCAGCGCUUCUUCACCUCCUGAAGUGCCACCCGCCACCACUCGCAGAUCCAACCGCCUUGCCAACCAACAACGCGGCCUCAACAGACACACAACUCACACCGACACUGAAGACUCCGACGAGGAACUAAAGCAAGAGACCAAGGAAGACGACCAAGACCAAUACAUAGACUCAGGCGAGGAGCAGUCAGCAUCCUCCAUCGCGUCGUCUGAUCGAUCGAUGUCAUCUGGUCAAUCUGAGUCUGGCUCAUCUGGGUCUGAUGAGGGAUUGAGAGUCAAGCAAACGAAGGACAACAAUGGACGCGGCCGCCAAUCUGCAGAGUCCAUCCUUGAAUCCGCCGCUCCAACUGAGCUGGUGGAAGGUGCCACCUCUUCAAAACAACAACAGAAGAAGUCCGACAAGGCCAACAUGCUAAACUUAGCCAAAGAUCUGGAGAAGGGUGUCGAUGGAGCUUUGCCUCCGCUUUUCACCACUCAGUCCAUCUUCAGCGACCUGGUGAGAAAGGGAUUCGAAAAGCUUCCACCUCCGACAGAUCCCGAAGAGCCCGAUUUUGAGUCCGAGCCCGAGCCCAAACGCAAGAAGAGGAAGGGAUCUCAACCCAAGCCGCCACCACCACCACCGUCAGCCAAGGCAAACAAACACACUCCCAGAUACAGCCUCGAGGAUGUCUGUAAGCAUUUCGGCUCACGCCCGUUGAGAGUUGCAACAAUGUGCUCGGGCACUGAGAGCCCUCUUCUUGCCUUGGACAUGAUCUCAGAUUGCAUCCAGAUCAAGGACGGCGGCCUUCAGCUGAACUACAAACAUGUUUUCAGUGCCGAGAUUGUGCCUUUUAAACAGGCAUACAUCGAGCGUAACUUCCANCCCCCGAUCAUCUUCAGAGACAUCACCGAAAUUACCAGCAGCACAGAUGGCAAGGCUACUACUGCUUACGGCGCCCAGGUUGAGAUUCCAGGCAAUGUGGAUAUGGUGAUCGCUGGCACGGCUUGUGUUGACUUCUCAAAUCUCAACAACCAUCAAAAGUCCCUCGAGGCACACGGUGAAUCUGGUGAUACAUUCGCUGCAGUUCUCGCAUACGCUAAGAAAUAUCGUCCAACCAUGCUUGUCCUGGAGAAUGUCUUCGGCGCACCGUGGGACAGAAUGUUGGAGGACUAUGAGCAGGUAGGUUACACCUCGGCUGGUGUUCUUGUGGAUAGUAAGAACUACUAUCUGCCGCAAACCCGCCAACGAGGCUACAUGGUUUGCAUCGACACGGCUAAAUUGGGCGCCUGCGGCAUUAAGCCUGCUGUCUUCAAGGAGGACUUUCACGACAGGAUGGCAGACUUUAGACGUCCAGUCAGCUCCCCCUUGUCAUCGUUCAUCUUGCCCAACGACGACCCACUAGUCACUCGGGCCAGCCAGUCCUUGGCUCGUCAAUCUGUGCUCGACAGCUCGAUCAGAGACGUUGAUUGGGCCAAGUGUGAGAUUCGCCAUAUCAAUUACCGCAGAGAGCAUCAGCUCGGCAUCGCUCGCCCCUUGACAAAUUGGCAGGAAAGCGGCACACUUGUCUUGCCUGAGUAUUGCAACCGUCUCUGGUUUGGCAAACAAGUCGAGCGCGUCUGGGACUUUAUGGACAUGUCACUGCUUCGUAAAGCCAACGUGACUGUUUUGCCGAUGAACAGGAAAACCAACGUCACACCGGCUCCUCUUCCUGGAUACGAUGCUCAGUACAAGACUCGUAUCUGGGACGUAUCGCAGAACAUUGACCGCUUCGUCGAUGGUGCACCCUUUGGGAUCGCCUCCUGCCUCACCCCGUCCGGCGUUUUCUACAUCACAGAUAGAGGCGGCCCUCUAACCUAUACAGAAAGUUUGAUGCUCCAAGGUCUACCACUGGACAAGAUCUCUUUCACGACCGAGAAUGAGCGCCAAAUUCAGGAUCUCGCAGGCAACGCCAUGAGCACUACAGUGGUGGGCUCAGCCAUCGCCUCAGUUCUCAUCGCUGGAUUCAAGACGCUAUCGCAAGCGUCUGAUCAUGAACCCCAAAGCAAGAGAGCUACAUUUCAGAGUGUUAUCACCUCGCACGAAAAGCUCACUCCUCACUCGACUUCUCAUUUGAUAGCAGGAGACAUUGACUUUCGUGAACUCCAGGCUGAUGCAUCCAAAUCAGCUACCAUGUGCGUCUGCGAGGGACAGAUCGGUCUAGCCGAAAAGGCUAUCCAGACAUGCACCGAAUGCGGUCAUACUUCUUGUCUCACUUGCGGCGUCAAGCCGAGCCAUGAGUACAGCAAACCAUCAAAACCCGAGCGCGACGAGCCGGAGAACUUCAUUCAGAAAUGGAGAUCUCGCAUCCCUAUGGUUUUGAAAUUUAGCUCCUCGCACAGCCUAAUUCUCCGUAUCGAAAAGUCUGUCGAUGUCUCUAAGCCUAGUGGCGAAACGCAGGAAGCCAAGCAGCCAAGAGACCUGAAGCAAAAAUACCUUGACGCAGUCGAAAACGCCCCUAGCGAGCCUCUCACUUUCAAGGCGUUCAGGAGAACUUGUUCCUGGAUUAUCACCUACGAGUCGUCGUUUGCCCGCCUCGAACUUGUAUUAGGCGCUCAUGCUUCUACUUGGAAGCUGUACGCAAAGCCCGCCAACUCACUUGCUGGCGAGGAUCCAAUCCGUAAGUUCUUCGGAGAGCCUAUUGCUGUAGCUCAAGUGAAGCAAGAUACCUUCUUUGGAGGCACGUGGCAAUGGCGGAUCUUUCAAGACACGGAUAUCUCAUCGAGAGAGGUCAACAUCAAAGGCCAGGGCCACAGAGUGCCUUCUUGGGCUGCCCGUCUUGCGUUACCCAGACAUGCAGAAGAGCGGAUCUGGUCUGAGUUGUAUAUCGAAAGCAGCGACAACAGCGGCCUUCCGAAGCAUGUCCAAGGAACCUACAAGCUUCUCCGUGAUUGCGGCACUGCGUGCGAGUCCCUCUACAAGCGUAUUGAGCCGGUUGAAGAAUUCAGCAUGUUCUUGUUCUUGGAUCCUGCACCCAUCGGCAAGCUUGAGGACGACUGUUUUGUCUUUGCCCGGGACCACUCGAGACUGCAAUACGACCAGGUCAGAGAGAUCACUGCCAAGGUUGAUGCCAAUUGGCGGCCCGAGAAACAGACCGAGACUCCUGCGAAUGUCAAAGUCUCACUGAACGGUCAUUGGGUUGACGAUGACUCCUGCUCACUGGAAGUUGCGAACAUGGAACCUAGCAUUCAUUCUGACGGAUCGAUUAGUUCGAACACCGAUUGUAGUGUCACAAAGGCACUGAUCUCCCUCAAACUCAACCUACCUUGUGUUCCUCAACAGCGUUAUCAAGGACAGCAUCGAAUCAAGCCUGACGACAAGGCUUUCUUUGCGGCCUUCGGGUGGGCCAUGGAACCUCUUCGUCAAAUUCUGGGUCAGCAAGGUGCACAAGACCUGCCUGCCGAUCCCGAUUGCAAGGGUUGUGCCCCUGUCGUUCCCGAGCCUUGCUGGCGCAUCGUUCCAAAGCCAAACUACAUCGAAUAUCAGCCUUAUGAAGACUCAGAGACUGCUAGAAGAUAUGAGCAUGCUAUCAAGUCGCGACCGGAGCCAUUUGUCAUUGAAUGCAAUUUGCAAGGAAAGUCAGGCACGCUGAACAUUGGUUUGAACACCACUACUUUAUGCCAGAGAGUCGCUGGGAAACUCAAGCUCUUAAAUGGCACGGUUGAUUCUGUGACUUGGAAACUCGACACGUCUUGGGUGGAAGAACGGUCCGCGAAAUUUCCACCAUUCAAGCUACUUAAUAACAGCGACAACGUCCAAUGCGUGGCUGCUAAGAACAUUCUGGCCGGGAUUGAUCUCUACGACAUCCAGCAGAGAUCUCUGACCUGGAUGAAACAACAAGAGCAAGAUGUCGGCCGGUCGUUUCUCGUCAAGGAGACUGAAGAGGCUCUACUACCUCAUCUGGGCUGGCGUCUCGAAUCCGAGGCUUCCACUGAAGUCCGUGUCAAGGGCGGUAUCCUUGCCGAUCACGCUGGAUUCGGAAAAACCGUCACAUCGCUUGCACUUGUUGAAUCCGAGUUCAAGGAAAAGAAGGUUCAUGGAAUCUUGAAGGAGAUGGGUAAGGCGUGUGCCAACAAAGGGGUUGUCAAGAAUCCACUCAUCCAGAUUGCUGCCACACUAGUCAUUUGCCCAGGCAACCUUGUCAAGCAAUGGGCAGGGGAGGUCCAGAACCUUCUUGGAUAUGACAAGAAAACCCUGAUCGUCAUUCAGACAAUCGUUCAAUGGAAGAAGCUGAGCAAGACCGAUUUCAGAAACGCCAAAAUCAUCAUUCUGAGCAAGAGCAUCCUGCUUAACUCACAGUACUCUGAACGACUCGCAGUAUUUGCUGCGCUACCUGGGUAUUCUGGCAAGAGUACUCGAUCCUUGCAGUCGCAUCUCCGAGACGCUGCUACCCGAGUUCCAGAGCAUUUGAGCAUUCUUGAGAACCCUAUCAAGCCAGACCUCAAGCUGCAGCUGCAAAAGCAUCUUGAGAAGGUGUACACAGAGACCUUGAAGGAUCCCAAGUACCAGGGAUAUGUCGAGGAGUCGAAGCGCCUUAAGGGGAAGAAGUAUGCCAACAAGAAGAAGUCGUCAAAAUCCGCGAGCCCUACGAUGGGAAACCUCGAUGAAUCUCGGGAUUACUCAGACAUCGACAAGUGCGUGCUUCUUGAGAUGUUUGAAUUCAAUCGCUUGGUCGUUGACGAGUUCUCCUAUACGGAGCCUCACGAACUCGUAGUGUACUGCAAUGUCAACGCACACAAGCGUUGGGCUCUCUCAGCCACGCCCCGACUCAAGGAUACGUACGAUGUCUCCAGAAUGGCGCGUUUCCUUGGCCUGCAUUUGCCGGUUGGUGCCAGUGCUCCAGGACUUCUGUCAACAGCAAACAUGUCAACUUUGCGUCAGGACUUGACAAACUUGGAGAUGUUUGAAACCUUCAGAGAGCUACCUUCACGCACUACGCAGAAGAGUAUUCAUAGUCUCGCUCAAAAGUUCCUUGACUCAUUCCUUCGUCAGAACGUGAUGAGGCCUGACCAGUUCCCAUACGAGGAUAGAAUCGUUCCCAUUACCUUAAACGCUGAUAACCGCCUGGUCUACACUGACGCCUCCCAAAAGUUGAACUCCCAGGAUAUGAAGAUGCGUAGGGGCAGGAAGAGAGCAGGUGGGCUCAGCGUCAUGCCGGAUGUUUCCACGGCAGAAGAAGCUCUGUUGCGUAUAGCCGCAGUCUUCGACCCCAAGAAGCAAUUGUCAAGUGAGACCGAUCAGCAAAACGUCAGUUCAGGACUUGAAGCUCUGGUCAAGCAGUUUGAAGGAGACUGCAGAGCUGCCCGAGAAUCACUUCGAACAAACAUCAAUUUUUGCCUUGCAGGAGUUUCCAACAGAACCAAACUUUUCCCCACCUGGAUCGAAGACAUUUUCACAACCAAUGCUUAUAGAGAUCAGGCUGUGGUUGACGAGAUAGCACAUAUGGCAGGAUGGAAACCACCUGUCGUCACCAAGAAGGCUUUUGACCCUCCCGAAACCAAGACUAAGCAGAAGGGAAAGAGAAAGCGAACCAAGUGCGUCAUUGAGGGGGAUUUCGAUGUUGGCAGCGGCCAAAAGGAGACCGAAGAGUUCACAAACGCACAGAGAGAGGCCGCCAAGGAAGAGAUUAGCGUAGUCGUCAACGAUGCGAAAGCCUACGCCACCUCGAUGAGGACUCUCCGGUUCGUCAAGAACGCCUUGAAGCACGAGAGGCACGACCAGGCUCCUUCAGACGGCCUUACUUGUGACGGCAAGGAUUGCAACACCAUCGUCGAAGACUCGCGCAAUCUAAACAUAUCAGCGAUCUGUGGUCACGCUUUAUGUUCAGGCUGCAUUGAGACUAGCAAGAAUCUGCUCGGCAAAUGUCGGGUCACUGGAUGUGAGGAGGAGGUCAAGUCUUAUCAUCUUCUCAACCUGGGCAAGCUUGGAAGAUCGGUUGCCAGCGAUUAUGGCAGCAAGGCUGAUAAGCUUACGGCCCUGCUCAAGGAGAUUGCAGCCCAAGCACAACAAGCAAUUGUGUUUGUGCAGUUCGCCUAUCAGAUUACCGACAUGACCAAGAUUCUUGCCAAUGCCCAGAUCAGCUACCAUAACCUCAAGGGUACCAACCCGUCUUUCGAGCCUUUCACCAAGAGUAAGGAGAAGACAGUCCUGAUCUUGAGCUCAGACGCCGAGUCUGCAGCAGGAGCCAACCUUACAAACGCGAACCAUGUUGUAUUCUUCAGCCCUCUACUUAAGCGGACCCAGUAUGAGUACGAGGCUCAGAUGGCACAAGCCAUUGGCCGAGUGCGUCGUCCGAAGCAGGAGAACCCUGUACACGUCUACCGCUUCGUUGCUCUUGACACGAUCGACAUCGAUAUCCUCGAGCACCGUGAGCAUCGCACAAAUGUCCUGCUUGAAUUCCAGGACCCCAAGCUCAAGAAGAAGGGUAGCAAUGGCACAAACUUCGAGGCUAUGCUUAAGCAGGAGCUCAGCAGGCCCGAGAAGACUCAGUUCAUUCACGACCAAGCCGACGGCGAGUACAAGCUCGUACCUCGUCAGAUGCUGAUCGCCGCUGGAGGCGAUGGCGUUUUNGAAAGCAAUGAGCGCGUUUUGGGCUACGACAAGUUCAAUUCCUUGAUCAAGUUCUCGUCCGUCUUCGUUCAGGAUGAUUGA